GGAAGUAUACGGAACAGUGUAUGUCUCUUCAGUCUUCAGUAAUCUGCAGGAUGCCGCCGUGAUCAUGUGGUGUCUAUAGUUUUCGUUCAAUCAGUCAGUUUUGUCACGUGUUUGGCAUCUCUAAAAGUAUAUUAAUUGUAUUUCGACUCGCGGUCAGUUUCGACCAGGUAUACACAAAGGAUCGAAUCCAGUGGAAGAAUCGAAGAGGUGAAGGUUGGAUUUCUUGCAGGGGGUACGAUAGAUGCAUCGUUGAAUCUUGAUAUCGGGGCAUAUAUGUCCACGCCAAUUCGUUAUGAGUAUCGAAGAAAGAUCGUACAUCGUGAGAAGAUGACACUACGACGAUAUGCGUUCGCGACGAUUAGGCGAACGAUGCUGGCUGCUGGUAUCUUGAUGUUGUUGGUGUUUGCUCUAUCGAACCAGGAUGCCGGUAACAGUGCGCAGCAAGGGCUUUUGUUGGAGGAGGAUGCGAACCUGACACCGGAGGAAAGGCUAAUGGAGGAAGCAGCGAUCGCCGAAACUGAGAAGCGAUUGUAUACAAGGAGGAAGUUUCUGGCGGAGAAAUGCGCCGAAGAGGGAUUAGACAGGCCUGGAAACGAUUCUCUUCACAGGCCUAACGCCUGGGAAUUUCUUGUAAAUAGAGAAUAUCAUUUAAUAUGGUGCAACGUCUUCAAAGCGGCCUCUACCUCUUGGAUGUAUAAUUUCAAUCUACUUGCGGGAUACAGCCCACAGUUCUUAAAGGCCUCAAAAGCUGUACCUGUUUCUCUGGCGAGGCAGAAAUAUCCCAGACACACGGCCGAUGAGUUGAACAAGUUCCUAAACGACAGCAUUAGUUUCUUGAUAGUAAGACAUCCGUUCGAGAGGUUGCUCAGCGCCUACAGAGAUAAAUUGGAGCAUAGCUUACCGCAUACGUUCCAUAGUAAUCUUGGAUCCCAUAUUGUUUGGAACUAUAGAUCUAGGGACCGAAAGACAAAUGGACGACACGGUCCAAGGUAUCCACUUUUUGAAGAAUUUGUACGAUGGUUGUUAUGUCAAUGGAGAGCUGGGAACGAACUUGAUAUGCACUGGACUCCAAUUGUGAUCUUUUGUACGCCGUGUCAAGUACGAUUCGACGUAAUUGCAAAGUUUGAAACGCUCCAUGAAGAUCAAGAUUAUCUCAUAAAACAAGCUCACGUGGGUCACAUCAUUAAACCUGAAUGGAAGAAUCCUACCAGGGGUGUCCAAACGAAGGACGUUAUUAAGAAUUAUUUCGCUCAAUUAUCGAAAUCGCAGAUCAAAGAUCUCUACGAGAUGUUUAGGUACGAUUUUGUGCUUUUCGAUUAUUCUCCCGAUGAGUACAUAGCACUUGGAAGAGACGAGGAUACAAAGUUAAUCUGUAAAAAGUAAUGCUAGUAUUUCGUACAUUAUUAACAAGCGUAUCAACGCUGGAAUUGUUUUUUUCUUAUUUUUAUCUUUUUGUCUUUAAAUAUUAAACGACACCUAUUAAAAUGGCGUCGAUUACAACGAAAAUAUUUGAUAGCAAAUAUCUGUUGAAGAUUAAGAUGAGAAAACAGAAACAUACCGAGAAUUGCUCCAAUUAGCGAUACACUUGCAAAGUACUGCUGCUGCAUUUAAACUUUUGAUAAACGAAACGUUACAGUAUAUUCAAUUGUUAGGGCCUAAGGCAACAAGACGUUUGUAAACUGUUAUAAAUCAACGCAAAAAAGAUUUUAAAUGUAUUAUACCUGUGAGAGUACCUCGUUGCUUAAGUAUCAUAUGCGACAAUGAACUUUUUAAUAUACGAGGGUUUAUGGUAAGAGUGAUGCUCACUUUGUCGAAUUUUUUCUGCUUUAACAUCGAAUGAGAAUAGCCUAUUAGUUCGAAAUAGAAUACUUUGCAUUCCCAAUAGACUACGUAGAAGUAACGUCCCUUUCUUUGUUUCAACUGAAUUAAUUUUUACAGAAUACAAUCGAUAUGAGUACAGCGAAGUUUUAUUCCAGAUAUAACUUAAUUAAAGUAAAUUGGGCUAAUUGUUUCGUGUUAGCAUAUUUU